UUGGUAAAAGACACGUACCUGUCUACAGUGGGGCAUUUCAGACCAUAUUACUCGAGGAUAAAGAAGUGAUUUUUCCACCACAACUGGAGAAAUGAGGAGCUCAGGAGUUUUAUUACUUCAACUUUUGCUGUUGAUUGUGCCUCACAUCCGCUGCUGGAAUGAUGACGCUGUGUUACUGCGUGAUGUUCAGGUGCUGACGCUCUACAAAGGACGCUACACCACCGCACGCCGCUCCAGCCCCGUUCUACAGCUGCAGUGUGCUGGAGGGACCGCUGGCUGCGGGUCGUUUGUUCCAGAGGUGGUGCAGUGUUACAACAGAGGAUCAGAUGGCAUAGACACACAGUGGGAAUGCAAGGCUGACAUGGACAACUUGUACAGGUUUGGGCGCGUGGAGGUCUCCUGUGAGGGCUAUAGCAGUCCUAAUGAUGCCCAUGUACUGAGAGGCUCGUGCGGUCUUGAGUACACGCUAGAGCUCACGGCAGAAGGGAAGCAGCAGAACACUCAUGGCUCGUCUGGCUUCUCAGGCUUUGCCUCUAACUUCUUCCAAGGCUCUUCCAAUCAAAAACAGCAGCAUAGAGGAGACCCUUAUCAGCAGGCUGACAGCCAGUAUUCCUCCCAGAACAGCCCGUCUGGCGAUGGAGUGGGUGGGCUGAUAGCAAUAGCAUUCCUUUUGCUGGUGGCAUAUGUUGUAUACAAGAUGUUUCUGUGCAGUCCUUCUCACGGCCACCAAGGUUACAAUGCAGAUGGGACUCAGGGAUACGGCGGGGCCUCGGAUAACAGCCAUGGCAUGGGACCGCCACCUCCUGGAUUUAAACCAGAUUAUUACUCAGAAGACCACUCCAGCUCAAGGCCCGGGUAUGGCUUUUCCGAUACGUACACCAGACCUCAGAGUUCCUCGACCGGUUUCACUGGUGGAAGCAGAGCUGGUGGGGGUGGAUUCUGGACUGGAAUGGGCACAGGAGGAAUUCUUGGAUAUUUGUUUGGGAGUCAGAGACGCCAGCCACCAAUGGGGUUUGCUAGACCAUCUUAUUCCAACAUUCCUUCUCCUGCACCAAAAACAAGCUCAGGAACACGAACCGCCUCAGGUUUUGGAGGAACUAAAAGAAGAUAGAUGAGAUAUGAGCGUCUACUCUCACAGCCUCAGUUCUCAGAUUGGACAUGAUCAACAGGCACAUUACAAAUAUUUACAACUUUUUCUUCAUACUACUGUUCAUUCAUAACCCAGACGUUGCUUGACCAGAUGUAGCACGUUGUUGAUCUAGAUUGGUUUGUU